AUCCCAACAAAAAUAAAAUAAAAAAAACAAACCAGACUCAAUUUUUCUUCAAGAGCGAGCUUCAGUUUAUAUUAUCUCCACAGUUCCAUUCAUACCCUUGUCAAACUUUAAAUUUCCCUUCUUACCCUCUCUCUUUUUCAACACUCUUUCAGCUCAAGUCCCCAUUUUUUUCUUCUCAACAAAGCUCACUCUUUUAAAUCUUGAAUUGUACGGACAUGGACGGAGGUGUACAGUACAACCCGAGAACAGUUGAAGAGGUUUUUAGAGACUUUAAGGGUCGUAGAGCUGGAAUGAUUAAAGCCCUUACUACUGAUGUGGCAGAAUUCUACCAACAGUGUGAUCCUGAGAAGGAGAAUCUUUGCCUAUAUGGAUUUCCUAAUGAACUAUGGGAAGUUAAUUUACCUGCUGAAGAAGUUCCUCCUGAGCUUCCCGAGCCUGCGUUAGGUAUCAACUUUGCUAGAGAUGGGAUGCAGGAAAAAGACUGGCUUUCUCUUGUUGCUGUUCAUAGUGAUGCUUGGUUACUCUCCGUGGCUUUUUAUUUUGGCGCUAGAUUUGGUUUCGAUAAAGCUGACAGGAAACGUCUCUUCAUUAUGAUCAAUGAUCUCCCAACAAUCUUUGAGGUUGUGACUGGAACUGUAAAGAAACAGCCGAAGGAGAAGUCAUCAGUCUCAAACCACAGCAGUAACAAGUCCAAGCCAGGCUCAAAAGUGCGGGUGUCUGAACCUGGGAAAUUUCCAAAGGCGCAGCCCAAGGAUGAAGAUGAAGUAGUAGAUGAGGAAGAAGAAGAAGAGGAGGAAGAGCACGGGGACACAUUGUGCGGAGCAUGUGGGGAGAACUACGCUGCAGACGAAUUCUGGAUUUGUUGCGACAUUUGUGAAAAGUGGUUCCAUGGCAAGUGUGUGAAGAUCACUCCGGCUAGGGCUGAACACAUUAAGCAGUACAAAUGCCCGUCUUGCAGCAACAAGAGAGCACGACCUUGAUAAUUAUGAAGCAUUCACUGGUGUAAUUCUCUCGCCCACGUCAGCUAACUGUUUUUAGUUAGUUGUAUAUCUUUAUGUUGGCUCAGUGUAUGUGUUAGGUAUAUUAUUGUGAUUUAAUUAGUUGUUAUUUAUGUAUGAUUUAGUAUUUGGUAGUUGACAUUUUUAGAGACGUCUGCAAUUGAAUUUUGUAUUUGGACUUGUACAAUUUCCACUCUGUAGGAUAUCAUGUCAACUGUCAAAUGCAGGAUUCUAAUCUUUUAUUGCCA